AAAAUGGAAAUAUUUGAGGUGAUUUAAGUUUUGGACAUCCCAUCAAAUCAGUGAACUAAAGCAUAAGUACUGAAUAGAUUAAUCCUAUGUACUUAACUAUUUUUAAAACCAAGGGAAUUUCUUCUUGAGAGAAAAACAACUUGUACUCAGUAUGUAUUUUAUGAAAAUAAAGGAGAGAGACAAGAACAGAAUUCAAAGAAAAUAGAUGAAGAUGCUUAGUAAAUGAGCAGUCAACUUGAAGAGGAUAACUCAGUGAUGUUAAACCCUUUGCAAAUGCUGGUUGUGCUCCUAAAGACAAGACUUUUUUUUUGAUGGGACCAAUAUUAAGGAAAGUAAAACCUCUUGUGUAUCCAACUCAUAGUUGGAGAACUUGCAGUCAUUGGCAUGAGUGACUUUAAAAAGGAAAUACAGAAGCUUUUAACUGUUUGCAAAAGUACAGUCACUAUUUUUACCAUUGUAAUUUUGAAAGCAUCGUCGUAAUUAUUAUUUUUUUUAAAUUGAUUGCUGUUGUAUAAGAUUAAAGAAAGGCAGAUGUCCGCAAACAAUUCCCCUCCAUCAGCCCAGAAGUCUGUAUUAUCUGCAAUUCUUCCUGCUGUGCUUCCAACUCUUUCUCCAUGUUCAAGUCCUAAGACUGGACUUUAUGCCCGACUAUCCAAUGUGAGCUUCAGUACACAGUCGCUCACCAACUCCAGAGGCUCAGUGCAUACAAUUUCAUUUCUACUGCAAAUUGGCCUUACACGGGAGAGUGUGACCAUUGAAGCCCAGGAACUGUCUUUAUCUGCUGUCAAGGAUCUUGUAUGCUCCAUUGUGUAUCAAAAGUUUCCUGAGUGUGGAUUUUUUGGCAUGUAUGAUAAAAUUCUUCUCUUUCGCCAUGACAUGAACUCAGAAAAUAUUUUGCAGUUGAUUACCUCAGCAGAGGAAAUACAUGAAGGAGACCUAGUAGAAGUUGUUCUUUCAGCUUUAGCUACAGUAGAAGACUUCCAGAUUCGUCCACAUACACUCUAUGUACAUUCUUACAAAGCUCCUACGUUCUGUGAUUAUUGUGGUGAGAUGCUUUGGGGAUUGGUACGUCAGGGACUGAAAUGUGAAGGCUGUGGAUUAAAUUAUCAUAAACGAUGUGCCUUCAAGAUUCCAAAUAACUGUAGUGGAGUAAGAAAGAGACGUCUAUCAAAUGUAUCUUUGCCAGGACCUGGCCUUUCAGUUCCAAGACCGCUUCAGACUGAAUGUAUAGUCCCUUCCAAUGAAGAGUCACAUGUUCACCAAGAGCCAAGUAAGAGAAUUCCUUCUUGGAGUGGUCGCCCUAUCUGGAUGGAAAAGAUGGUGAUGUGCAGAGUAAAAGUUCCACACACAUUUGCUGUUCACUCUUACACCCGUCCCACAAUAUGUCAGUUCUGCAAGCGGUUAUUGAAAGGCCUCUUUCGUCAAGGAAUGCAGUGUAAAGACUGCAAAUUCAACUGCCAUAAACGCUGUGCAUCUAAAGUACCAAGAGACUGCCUUGGAGAGGUUACUUUCAAUGGCGAACCCUCCAGUCUUGGAGCAGACACGGAUAUGCCAAUGGACAUUGACAGUAGUGACAUCAACAGUGAUGGUAGCCGGGGCUUGGAUGACACAGAAGAGCCAUCUCCCCCAGAAGAUAAAAUGUUCUUCCUGGAUCCAUCGGACCUAGAUGUAGAAAGAGAUGAAGAAGCUGUUAAAACAAUCAGUCCAUCGACAAGCAAUAAUAUUCCACUAAUGAGGGUUGUACAGUCCAUCAAGCACACAAAGAGGAAGAGCAGCACAAUGGUGAAGGAAGGAUGGAUGGUGCAUUACACCAGCAGGGAUAACCUGAGAAAGAGACAUUAUUGGAGACUGGACAGCAAAUGUCUAACAUUAUUUCAAAAUGAAUCUGGAUCAAAGUAUUAUAAGGAAAUACCACUUUCAGAAAUUCUCCGUGUGUCUUUGCCACAUGAUUUCACAAACAUUUCACAAGGCAGCAACCCUCACUGUUUUGAAAUCAUCACUGACACUAUGGUAUACUUUGUGGGUGAGAACAGUGGGGACAGCUCUCACAAUCCGGUUCUUGCUGCCACUGGAGUUGGACUUGAUGUAGCACAGAGCUGGGAAAAAGCCAUUCGGCAAGCUCUCAUGCCUGUUACCCCUCAAGCAAGUGUUUGUACUUCUCCAGGGCAGGGGAAAGAUCACAAAGAUCUGUCUACCAGUAUCUCUGUAUCUAAUUGUCAAAUCCAGGAGAAUGUGGACAUCAGUUCUGUUUACCAAAUCUUUGCUGAUGAGGUUCUUGGUUCAGGCCAGUUUGGCAUUGUUUAUGGAGGAAAACACAGAAAAACUGGAAGGGACGUGGCUAUUAAAGUAAUUGAUAAAAUGAGAUUCCCCACAAAACAGGAAAGUCAACUCCGUAAUGAAGUGGCUAUUUUACAGAAUUUGCACCAUCCUGGGAUUGUAAACCUGGAAUGUAUGUUUGAAACCCCAGAACGAGUCUUUGUAGUCAUGGAAAAGCUGCACGGAGAUAUGUUAGAAAUGAUUCUGUCCAGCGAAAAAAGUCGGCUUCCAGAACGAAUUACUAAAUUCAUGGUCACACAGAUACUUGUUGCUUUGCGGAAUCUCCAUUUUAAGAAUAUUGUGCACUGUGAUCUAAAGCCAGAAAAUGUGCUGCUUGCAUCAGCAGAGCCAUUUCCUCAGGUAAAGCUGUGUGACUUUGGUUUUGCCCGCAUCAUUGGAGAGAAGUCCUUCAGGAGAUCCGUGGUGGGAACUCCAGCAUACUUGGCACCUGAAGUUCUCAGAAGCAAAGGCUACAACCGAUCUCUGGAUAUGUGGUCAGUGGGAGUUAUUGUCUACGUGAGCCUCAGUGGCACAUUUCCUUUUAAUGAAGAUGAAGAUAUAAAUGACCAAAUCCAAAAUGCUGCCUUUAUGUACCCACCAAAUCCAUGGAAAGAAAUUUCUGGUGAAGCAAUUGACUUGAUUAACAACCUACUUCAAGUGAAGAUGAGGAAACGUUACAGUGUUGACAAAUCUCUUAGUCAUCCCUGGCUACAGGAUUAUCAGACUUGGCUUGACCUUCGAGAAUUUGAAACUCGCAUUGGAGAACGUUACAUUACACAUGAAAGUGAUGAUGCCCGCUGGGAAAUACAUGCAUACACACACAACCUUGUAUACCCAAAGCACUUCAUUAUGGCUCCCAAUCCAGAUGAUAUGGAAGAAGAUCCAUAAACAUCAAAGAGCUCACUUCAAUGGGAAUGGAUUUUAUUGACGAAACAACUAUUGUUCUUUGUAGGUGGUCUGCAAGAUCGCAGACACAGGAAACAUAAGAAACUGGUGACACCAAUACUGUAGUUCAUAGUGUUUAGGUACACGUGUGGAACCUGAGUCAUAGAAACCCAUAAUGUAAUUAAGGAUAAAGCUUUUCAUAAACUUUUGUAACAUAAGCAGUAUUUUUUUCCUAAUCCUUCACUUAGUACAAUAGUGGCACUUAAUUUAUCUUCCCAUUCCUGUUUUUACAU